CUUUAUUUGCGCCUGUUUACAUAUUCCCUAAUUUGGACCACCGUUAACCUCUCAGUUAACCGGUUAAGGACACAUCCUAAGGCUUGGACUCCAACUGGCAUGACCUCAAUCUCGUCUCGCCGUUUACGCAAAGAGCUCACUGAAAUACAGACAGAAGGAUGUCCCACAGGCAUCACACUGCUCAGCGCUGAUAACUUUGAGACGUGGUACUUCUCCAUAGAAAUUCUGGGCGAAAGUUUAUACCAGGGGGAGGUAUUCAAGCUCAUGUUUCGCUUUGACUCAAGCUACCCUAUCUCGGCGCCUGCAGUUCAGUUCGUCGUCAACCAGGAAUCAACAGCACCUGUGCAUCCGCAUGUAUACUCAAAUGGACAUAUUUGCGCCUCUAUCCUUGGAACUGAAUGGUCACCAGUUCUGAGUGUUUCUGCUGUGUGUGUAACCCUGCAAAGUAUGCUUGCAUCAUGCAAGUCAAAGGAACGGCCUGUAGACAAUGACAGGUACGUUCGGUACGCACCCGAUAAUCCAAAGAAGACUCGUUUCCACUACGACGAUGAUACGGUGUAGGAUUAUUGAUAGUUAUUGAAUGUAUCUUGAGCCUAAAGGCAGAUGUUGUACUACCAAGGAGAUCAUCGAGGCAAUGCGAGGAGUCAUAUUCCAGUUCUUUGGGUCUAUUCAUAGGAUUUUUGCUAUGACGGAGCUUAGACCCCACGGAUGACAUUUGUAGACUCCAUGAUUGCAUGCUUCAUUUCCACAAGUCCUGCUCGAUUUUGAUCCACCCGCUUAUCUCUGACGUUGGUGAGAAGAUAGCUUGGUAACACGUGCUGGAUGGAUUUGAAGAGAUAAGUGGAUCAGAUGCCCGCAGGCUUGCUCACCUAGGAGGAAAUCUACACAGGCUUAUCGAUCCUUCACGAAAGGA